CCUCUUCCCUUCCUCAAUGGAUCCGCUUGAACACUAAAACAAAGCUCAUAUUCUGAGAUUCCGAGGUUAGCAAAAAACACAACCCAAAAAACAUAUAUAUUCUUGGGUUUUGUUUCGAUUAGACAACAAAGUUCUUGUUUUUUUUUUUUUUUUUAGUGUUUUCUUUGAAGACCCUUUUGCAUUUGAAAACACAACCCUCUUGCUAUAAGUCUUGAAACAUGAAUAACACAAUGAUGUCUUCAUUAAACCAAUCAAAAUUAGCUUUCACUUCUUUGACUAAUCCUAUACCAAGAAAGCAUUCAUCUUUCAGUGCUUUGAAAUUUUCUCCACUGCCCGUUAUCCAAAACUCACAAAAAGGCCUGAGCUUUGAUAAGAUUUCACAAAAACCACUUCACAUUUCUUCAAUUGAGAGUUUCUCAUUUUCAAGAAAAACCCAGCAAGAAAAGCCUGUUACAGUUUGUAAUGCAUAUGAGGCUGAUAGGUCAAGGCCACUAGAUAUUAACAUUGAGUUAUCAGAUGAGCAUGCAACUCAAAAGAUUAAAAUUGGGUUAUAUUUUGCUACUUGGUGGGCUUUGAAUGUGGUUUUCAAUAUUUAUAACAAGAAGGUCCUGAAUGCUUUUCCUUACCCUUGGCUUACUUCUACACUCUCACUUGCUUGUGGGUCUCUUAUGAUGCUGAUUUCUUGGGCUACAAGGAUUGCUGAUGCUCCUAAGACUGAUUUUGAGUUUUGGAAGACUCUGUUCCCUGUUGCUGUGGCACAUACAGUUGGGCAUGUGGCUGCAACUGUGAGCAUGUCUAAAGUUGCAGUCUCAUUCACUCACAUAAUCAAGAGUGGCGAGCCUGCUUUCAGUGUCUUGGUUUCAAAGUUUCUGCUUGGUGAGACAUUCCCCCUGCCAGUUUAUUUGUCUCUACUACCAAUUAUUGGAGGCUGUGCUCUAUCAGCUGCUACUGAGCUCAAUUUCAACAUGACCGGUUUUAUGGGGGCUAUGAUAUCGAAUUUGGCAUUUGUGUUUCGGAACAUAUUCUCGAAGAAGGGGAUGAGUGGGAAGUCUGUUAGUGGAAUGAACUACUAUGCUUGUUUGUCUAUGUUGUCUCUGUUGAUACUCACUCCAUUCGCAAUUGUGGUAGAAGGGCCUCAAAUGUGGGCUGCUGGCUGGCAAAAUGCUCUUGCUCAAAUUGGACCCAAUUUUGUUUGGUGGGUGGCGGCGCAAAGCAUUUUCUAUCACCUAUACAAUCAAGUUUCAUACAUGUCUCUGGAUCAAAUCUCUCCAUUGACAUUUAGCAUUGGAAACACGAUGAAACGGAUAUCCGUCAUAGUCUCCUCCAUCAUCAUCUUCCACACUCCUGUUCAACCAGUCAAUGCCCUUGGAGCUGCCAUUGCAAUUCUUGGCACCUUCCUUUAUUCACAGGCAAAACAGUGAGAGGAAGUGGUCCAAGAUUUAAACUUCAGAUGAUACGAGAGUUAAAAAUGAAGAUGCAGGCUUGGCUGGAAUCUUGGGCAAUGCUUUUGACAGACAAAAUUUUUGUGUAUCCUGUGAACAAGAGGAUUAUCUUUGCCGAGACAGACUAGGACUGUGGUGUUAGAGAACAGAGAGAUAAUGCUUGCUUGAACUUGGAAUAGUUGUGACUUGAGUAGAUAACAGUUUCCUUUCCUCUUUUCACUUUCUACGGAAGAAAAUGCCUUGUAGUGUAUAAGAAUAAAAGAAUUUAAUGUUUUGAAGCAGAAUUAUAAUAAUGAAAGCAAUUUCUUUAUUUUUGAUA